CAUGCUUAUCUGAUCUUCCCCUCCUCUCCUCCUUGCUCAACCCAUUUACUUCGUAUUUCAAUAGAUCACUUCAACUCCCCAAUACCAAGAUAUCAUAGCUUCAUCAUCCAAAUCACCAGUCAAUACUCCUCCAUCAGACAGUACAGCAACCACCAUGACUAUCCAAACUGGCCUCGACUACAUCCGCUCUCGCUCCAUUGUCGACUGCGACACCAUGGACGAGCAAGUUGCCAGAACCCUUGGUCCCUUUCACGACUGCACCUCCAACCAGGCAAUAGCCUACAACGAGCUCACUAAGCCCGAACAUGCCGAGCUUCUCCAAUCCUCUCUCACCAAAGCCAAAGCUCUCAUCCAAGAAUACCCCGGUCUAACCAUCGAAGAACUCGCCAUCGAAAUAGCAAUGAUAUCCCUCUCCCUAAGAAUCGCCCCCCACAUCACCGGCCACAUCCACAUCCAAACAAACCCCUACUACUCCUACUCCACCGAAAAGACCAUCGUCAACGCCCUCCGUAUAGUUAAACUAACCCACCACCUCUCCCCCACCCACCCCCAAUCCCGCAUCUGCAUCAAAAUCCCCAGCACCUGGGAAGGUCUCAAAGCAUGCCAAGUCCUCGAACAAGCCGGGGUACGAACCCUAGCCACCACCCUCUUCACCAUGCCUCAAGCCAUCCUAGCAGCAGAAGUAGGAUGCACGUACAUAGCACCAUACGUGAACCAACUGCGAGUUCAUUUCGAGCCGGGCUUCAAAGACCCCUCCCCCCUCCUACACUUCAGCGCCCUAGUCCAGAAAUACUACGCCUCCAUCGGAUCCCAAACACAGGUAUUACCCGCUAGUUUGACAUCCACGAACGAGAUCUUCGCCUUGGCGGGGGUGCAGCAUAUUACGAUUGCUCCUGGGUUGUUGGAGGAGUUGGUGAAGCUGCCGUUGGAGGGGAAGGUACCUGUCGAAUCGUUGUUUGAUUCUCCUGCGGUGGUGCAGGGGGCUGUGCCUGGGAAGGAGGUGUCGUAUGUGGGUGAUGAGGCGGCGUAUCGGAUUGCGUUUACGAGGGAUGCGAAUGGGUUGAGUGAGGAGAAACUGACUCAGGCUGUGAAUAUCUUCUGUGAUAUGCAGGAUAAAUUGGUUCAGGUCUUCAAGGGGUUGAUUUGAGUAGGAGGUAGCACUGAGAUACUAUCUACUAGCUAUGCCAUUGAGAUUAGGUUGAUAGGAUACUCUACAAUCAAUCAGACCAAACAUACAUCUAUCUAUCCUGAUAACCUUUGUUCUCUUCUACCUACCUACCUACCUACCUACUUCCACCAACCCACCCCCUCACCCGCUUUUAACAAACCAAAUCAUUCGAACUAACUUUCUAGGUACUUGAUAACGAUCUAGCCAGCCCACCAACCAACCAGCAACCCACCCUUAACAAAGCAAUGGAGAGCAAGCAAAGCAAAGCAGCAUACAGGCACGCAAACGGACUUGGGAGCCUGGGUCUGAAAACGCCUGCUCAUGCAAUAUAAAAUGCCAUGCCAAAAUGGAUAUAGGAAAAGGUGC